CUCUUCUCUUGGUGGCGACCUCUCAUCAUCCCCCAUCCCCCGCGCCAUCCAUCCAUUCUCACGAUCACAAACACAGCUCUCAGCAUCACGACAGCUCGCUAACUAUCUCCACUACCCUCAAAACACCUCUAACCAUGUGGAGGCCUGCUCGCACCACGGGGUCCAACGACACCCCGCUUGCCAACAAGCGUCGCUUCGGUCUUCCUGAGGAGGCCCCUGCUCCAGCCCCUCCAGGCGCCGGUGGCUAUGGCGCCAAGCCGCCAGGAGACAUGCAGUUCUUUAACGGACGUAUUGACCGUGACCGGGAGCGCGAGCGUCGCGACGCGCCCCCCCCUCCCCGCGAUGACCACCGCCCCUAUGACCGAGACCAGCGCGACCGUGGCGGUGAAAGGCACGGCUAUGGUGACCGCCGCGAUGACAGGGACCGGUUCGACCGCCGUGACGAGCGCGAUGAUCGCCGCGGUGACCGUCGAAGCCGCUGGGACGACCAAGACCGUGGGCGUGGGCGUGACGCUGACCCCCGUGAAGAGGGACCCCGCAAGCGCCGCUCGCGCUGGGGUGACGCUAGUGAGCGUGUCGACGUCUCGGGCCUGCCCGUCAACAUUCAGGGCAAGGUGUCGGCGUCCGAGCUCGACAACUACGCCAUUCACGUCCGUCUCGAGGAGAUUGCGCGCAAGCUGCGCACUAACGAUGUCGUGCCGCCCGACGGACAGCGUUCGCCCUCGCCCCCACCCAAGUUUGACGCGUACGGUAAGCGCACCAACACCCGCGAGGUGAGGUACAAGGAGAAGCUUGAGGAGGAGCGUCGCCGCCUGAUCGACCGCGCGAUGAAGAACGACCCGAACUACCGCCCACCGGCCGACUUCCAGAACAGACGUAAUGGCCGCCCGAUGGAGAAGGUGUACAUUCCCGUUGACGAAUUCCCGGAGAUCAACUUCUUCGGCCUUCUCGUCGGACCCCGUGGCAACUCGCUGAAGCGCAUGGAGCGCGAGACGGGCGCCAAGAUCUCUAUUCGUGGCAAGGGUAGUGUCAAGAAGGGCAAGGACCGCCCAGAGGCGUACGCCAACGACGAGGAGGACGAGCUGCACUGUGUCGUCACUGCCGAUGAUGAGAUGAAGGUCAAGGCGUGUGUAAUGCUCAUCAACAAGGUUAUUGAGACUGCCGCCUCUACGCCUGAAGGCCAGAAUGACCACAAGCGUAACCAGCUUCGUGAGCUCGCCUCGCUUAACGGUACUCUGCGUGACGACGAGAACCAGCUUUGCCAGAACUGUGGUGAGAAGGGUCACCGUCGCUGGGAGUGCCCUCAGCAGCGCGUGUACAGCGCCAACGUCAUCUGUCGCCUCUGUGGUGGUGCGGGCCACAUGGCGCGCGACUGCCGUGGCCGUGGCGACCCGAGCCUUGCGACCAACCGUCCCCAGGGCGACACACAGUUCGACUCGGAGUACACGGCGCUUAUGCAGGAGCUCGGCGAAGCCGGUGCGGCUGCCCCCGCGCCUGGCGCUACUGCGGAACAGCGCAUCCCGCCCUGGCGCAUCCCUGAGAACUGGCACGGCGGUGGUCGCAAUAGAGAGCGCGAACAGGGUUACGGCGCCGGUGACCAGUACGGUGGCGGCGGCUACGGCGACCAGGGCUACGGCGGUGGCGGUGGCGCGGGCUACGGCGGCGCUGGCGGUGCUGGCGGCUACGGUGCCGGCUAUGGCGCCGACCAGGGCUAUGGCGGCGCUGCCGGUGGCUAUGGCGGUGGUGCGGGCGGCUACCAGCAAUACUACGCCGGCAUGGCCGGGUAAUGGCUUGACGGUCUGAUUUCUCUUCACGUCCCAACGUUAACCAGUAUCUUAUAUAUCAUGCGCGCGGCUGACUCGUGUGCGCGUGCUGACGCGUGCCAUUGAGGAGGAGAAAACGCGAAACCCAACAUAUGGCUGAUGUAUCAUGACUGUCUGACGGCGCGGUUGCGCCAGACUGGGCGCCGUUUUGGCGCCCGACUGCGGACUGCUUAGGUGUCGCUGUGAUCGGUGGUGGAUCAUGGCGGCGACACAAGUCUUCAAGCACACCUUGUCGAAUGAGGCCAACCAUUCUUGACGAAGUGCGCGAUGCGCGCAAUGUUGUUGUUGCCACUCCCCUUGUUGUCAUGAGCAGAGUCUACUGCAAUGCAUUCUGCUGUUCCCUAUGUAGUUACCAAACUUCAUCGAC